UCCACGAAGAAGGGAAGGGAAGGUAGCGAUGAACUGCGAUAACUCCUCCUCUUCCUCCUCCUCCUCCGUGUCCACCUCGUCGUCGUCAUCCUCGACGACGCGCAACCAGCACCAGCCGGCCCCGUCGCCCAAGCGGAAGGCGGGGCGGAAGAAGUUCCGGGAGACGCGCCACCCUGUGUACCACAGCGUGCCGGAGAGCCGCGGCGGCAGGUGGGCGUGCGAGGUGCGGGAGCCCCGGAGGAAGAGCCGGAUCUGUCUCGGGACAUUCUCGACGCCGGAGAUGGCCUCCAGGGCGCACGACGUGACCGCCAUGGCGCUCCGGGGCGAGUCGGCCCAGCUCAACUUCCCCGACUCGGCCUGGACGGUGCCCCGAGCGAGGUCGGCCGUCCCGGAGGACAUCCGCCGCGCCGCGACCCAGGUGGCCGAAGGGUCUGCUCCCUCCGAACCGUCACCGCCUGUAGAGGCGCCAACGACAUCCCGAAGAACUCCGGGAAGGGAUGCAAGGGCGGCGGAGUCGGAGGCUGCAGCUCCGCGGCCAGCUCCGGUGUUCGUGGACGAAGAGGCGGUGUUCAACAUGCCGGGGUUGAUGGAGGACAUGGCAAGGGGAAUGCUGGUGACGCCGCCGUCGAUGCAGAGAGGGGUCGAUUGGGACGGCGCCGGCGACGAAUGCGUCUGGGACCUGUCGCUUUGGACGGACGAGCUGUGAAGCGUGACACAGUGAUAAGCCUUCUCUUUCUUCCUUCUCGUAGUUGGAUUAAUAGCAAACACCAAUGAAAUCCUUUACACUGUCUUGGCUUUCACAAAGCGUGCAAAUUAAAGAGAAUCUUGUGAUGCUAUCAACUCAUAGCUGACGUGAAAGAAAUUUGUUUCAUAUCUAAAAGAGACGGUGUGCAGAUGUACUCUUUCGCUUCGAAUAUGAACGCACGUACCUCAUG